UAUCUUUGUGAUUGAUCGAUGUGUUACUUGUAGAGUUAGUUGGUAUCAUAGUAAUAAGGCAUUGUAGUGAUAACUGCGUUUAAUGUUGAAUCAUCGUGUCCUCUCUUGGCUAGGUUUACAUCUGUAAUUCAAUAUAUAUAUCUCUUUUAAGAACAAAAUCAACAUUUAAACACUUCGAUUGCCUUCGUUAUAACAUGAGCACAACAAAUCAAAGAACUGAAUCUCCAGGAGAUGAUCAUCCUAGUAUAGAUGCAUCUAAUGAAGAGGAGAGGCCUAAUGUUGCAGACAAUAUCCAAUCUCCCAGCACAAGCACAUGUUUAGUUCCAGUUGUGAAUGAUGUGAACAGUAGUAUAUCAGAAGUGCCUCAAGAACAGCCUAAAAAUUUGCAAGAAUUGUUGAGGCUGUCAACGAUGUUACAAUCUCGUUACAAUGAAGGAGAGUCAGACUCUAGUUCUAGGCCUAGCACUACAAACAGUGAUAGAGAAGAUUUCUUAAGGAAUGCCUUGGCUAAUUUGUCAAUAGAUGUUGUCAGUAAUUUGCAAGAACAGUUACACAUUUUGAGUGAAAUUACUGAUGGUAACCAGCCGAUCACAAAUUUGGAGAGAUAUGAAAAUACAUUUGAUAGAAUAAUAGAUCACGUUUACAACAUUGAUAUGGCAAAUGUGUUUUAUCAAAUUGGAGGUAUGAAAGUAAUUGUGCCGUUGUUGCGGCACCCAGUGGAGCUGAUACGCUGGAGAGCCGCCAGCAUUAUAUCAGAAUGUUGUCAAAAUAAUCCCUAUUGUAAGAGUCAUUCUCUCUCUGAUGAUUUAUUCUCUCUGCUGAUGAACAUGGCACUGAACAAUCCUGACUCCAAUUGUCAAUUCAAAGCCAUUUCUGCAAUAUCAGCAAUUGUUGGAGAUAAUCCAGAAGGCAUAAAACAGUUUAAGAAGCAUAAUGGAUUGAAAAUUGUUAACCAUGGUCUUAAUUCAGGAAAUGAAAAAAUGAUUGUCAAGACAGCUUUUCUGAUAAUGGCUUUAUGCAAUACAGACCCUUCCAUGAAAGAUGAACUCCUUCAAAUUCCAAUAGUUGAAAAUUUGCUUACAUUGAUUAGAUUGACUGAUACUUUAUCAGCAGAACAUCUUCUGGGUGCACUCCUGGCAUUGAUUAGAAAUAAUGAAGAUGCCAUAAAGCAAUGUCUUAGGAAAGAAUUGGGGGUAUAUGCUUAUUUAAAACAGUCAAUUAGUCUGACAUCAAAUGAUGAAUCAUUUCAGGAGUAUGUAACACAUGCCAAUGAGUUCGUCCAAAUAUUGAGUGAUUACAUAGCCAGUAAUGAAGAUAUGGAUGUUUCCACUCCAGAACAAUCAAAAUAAUCUUAAGAACAUUUAAGUAAUGUUUUUAUCAUAUUCAUUUUUAAUAGAAGGAAAACCUAUGUUUUAAAUAUAUAAGAGUUAUUAUUAAUAGGGUUAUCUUUAAAAAAUUGGAAGAUUAUUCAUCUUUUUUUAACAUAGAUGCAUUAGUUGGAAUCUACACAAGUGAAAUAUUUUGUGUCUAUUAGGCACUUUGUGAACCCCACAGAGAGACUACUCCUGUGUAAUAGAGUGUAAUCCCUCUUCCUGGUUCAUUAUCUCAGGUUGAAAAGUGUUCAAUGGUGAUGAAACAGUCAAUUUGUGUCCAACUAAUAUCUAUGUCGGAAGAAGAGGAUUAACCUGCCAACACAGGAAAAGCAAAUUUGCUCUUUCCCGCCUUUAACAACUCAAUUUUUGUAGAAAUAGAUCUAUAUUUAAAUUAAAUUUUAUUGUCUUCUGUGAAAAUAAAAUAAUUUGUCAUAUCUUU